UUCCUGCAAGGCCUGCAGGGCUCUCUGCAGGAGCUGAUUCUGUCCGACAACCUGCUGGGCGACAACCUCAACCCCAUCUUCUCGAGCUCCGAGCUUCACGGCCUCUCCAAGUUGCGAGUGCUUGAUCUCAGUGGAAAUCGCAUCCGAGGAGUGGAGGAAGGCAUUCUCAAGGGCUGCGAUGGUCUGCAGGACCUGCGGCUGGACCGCAACCGCCUGGAAGCCGUGCCCGCUGCUUCGCUCAACGGCCCCCGGGCGCUGCGAGCGCUGUCGCUCAGGCACAACCGC